AUGCCGGGUCUGGGGAGAGGGCUCAUUUCGUUCGACGAAUUAUCUACCCGGCUGACCUUGAACGAUCCAGUCAAGGUUACCGAUACAGCACUUAACUUGCUUAUAGUGCCUCCUAUUGUAAACCCCGAUGACAAUGAGAUCGGGUUGACUGGCUCCACUCUAAAACCAUCAUGUGGUGGGGGAACGAAAAAGGACGCCGACGCCCUCAAGCCCCAACUCAACGGGGACGCGCACAUACAUGAGCCAUCAGACAAAGAGAAACAGUUAGACAUCGGCACACCUGAAAAUGAAAAGGAUGCCACGACGGAGAAGGAGAACAAAGAGGUAGAAGAGGCAAAAGAAAAGGAGACUCCGGCAGUCACCAACGGGGACAGUGAGCAGAAAGAAGAAAAUGGAGACGCGGCCGCUACCCCAGAAGAAGCAAAGAAACCCAAAAAGGAAAAGGUCAAGAAGAAAUGGUCGCUCAGGUCGAUCAGUUUCAGCAGAAAAGAUAAACCUAAGCAAGAAAAGAAAGCUAAGGACGACGAGGCCAAAACACCGAACGGCGAGACAGAGAAACUGCCCGAAGAGGCUGCAGAAUCAGUUCCUGAGAAUGCAGUAAAUGAAGUAGCAGAGGAGGCCAAAUCAGACUCUGAAACUAAGGACGAAAAAACUCCAGAAACUCCGGUCACCGAACCCAUUACAAACGGAAGCAAUACACCCGAAUCCCCAAAAACAGAAUCCUCCCCUACCGAUGAACCCAUCCCCGAAACUCCGGAGGACAACGACAGGCCUGAACCGAAAGCCGCUUCGCCCGAACCUAAAGCAACUACGCCUGAGCCGAAAGCCGCCUCGCCCGAACCAGAGAAGUUGCCUGUGAACGGACUCUCCUUAGAAGAACCCAAAGUUGAGGCUCCCGAGGUACCGAAAUGUGAGGAUAGUAGCGUUGAGAAAGCUACGACAGAGACAUCGGAAUCGGUUCCGGCCCCAGUAAUUCCUGUUACAAAACAGGACGUGCUGCCCAUGUCAGACAAGUUGGCGGAUUUGAUUCCUGAAAUUCCUGUUGUGCCGGAACUGAAAACUGAACUGGAGAGCGCGAGCGACGUGGCGGUGGCCAACUAGAAGCGGCGCCGCGGCCGCGCCUUACUUUAGCCCUUAAUUUAUUUCCCGUCAGCUGGUGCGCUAUCGAACUAAGUUCGAUGAGUCAAUAUCGGAGAAGCGGAUUUCGGUUUCGAACGUGACCUUUCUCAUAGAAUGAUUAUAGUUUAAGUUUAGAGUGCUUUGCUUAAGAUUUUAUACAUUUUUAAUUCGCUAGGACGGAGUUUUCAUAUUAUAUUACAAUAACAAAGUUAUGUAGGCAGUAUACGGUGCGAUUGAUCAGUUGGUGCCAUUGUUACAGGGGUAGUAGUCACGUCGCCCCCCACCCCCACCCCGCGCCCCCACUCGCGCACUCUACGGCACGAGAUGCAAGUACUUUUGCACAAAAGUCGUCGUCAUCUUCACCCGCGACCGCCAAAUCUCAUAAAAUACCCCUCGAAUACGAUUAUUUUUAUAGGUUUUUAGUACUUGAGACAUAUUAUGUAUAUAUGAAUUAUUGUACUUCCCGGGGCUUUCAAUAUUCUGUGUCGAUAUGAAUUUAAAAUUACUUUGUAUAUUGUUGAGAAUGUGCGAAAAUUUACAUUUAGUUUGUCGACUUGAAUACAUCCGCUAUUUGUAUGUUUAAGUUGUAUAAAUUUAGUUGGAGCUCUCUUUAAUGCGAUUAUAUGAAAUUUAGUGAUGUAUUGGUGACGCGCUCCUGUCUACACUCAAAAUUAUAAUAAGGCAACUACGUAAUGUAUUGUAAGCUAUGACGUCGUCGUGUCCGCAGUCGGCCGGCGGACUUGCAGUGGCCAACGUUUUUUGAUUAUCCUAUACAUUUUUAUGCAUAUACAUACAAUUAAUUAUAUGAUAAUAUUUAGAGUUGUAGAGUUUGUAACGAGUUAGCGACCACAUACCUACAUAAGAUUUGAUAUUAUUAUACAAUUGUGUCAUUUUUCUAUAAUCUGCGUCCAAUUUAUUACAUGUAUGAUUUCAUAAUCAUUUUUGUAAUUUUAUACAAUUUUUUAAUGAAAUUUGAAGUGACAUCAGCAUUAACGGGAUUAAGCUCCCGAAUAUAUUAGCAGUUAAUGUGAGUGAGACAUUCCAUAUCAAAGACUAAAUUCCUCGUUCCAUGAUCCCACCUUUUUGUAUAUUAAUCAUUUUCUGUGUGUAUUGUCUCUUUUUUCUUCUUAUUUACAAGAUAAUGAAAAUUGUAUGUGAAAUUAUAAUGUUCUUACUUGUCUAUAUUGAAAUAACUCGAGUAAGCUGAAACUUAACGUGCUUCGAACGUUAAUUAGUAUCGCAGUUUGCGUGUAAAAUUGUUAGUUACUAAUUUUGGCUCUUUUCAAGUAGUAAAAUGAUAACUGCAGCCAAUGCGCUAUGGUUAGGUCGAAAUGACAUUCGUAUAUUAAUUCAACUCUAUAGGUGUUCGAAUGGUCAAAAUGGAGUGAAUAUUUAAUGAUAAAAUUACAACCGUGCGUCGUCUUAAUAUGUAAUUUUAAUAUAUGUAAGGAAUUAUUGUACAUUUAU